AUGGCGCUCCGCGUUCUGGCAUUGUUUCUUAUUGUAUGUUUGGUGGGUCUUCAUCUACCUUUGGGGGAAGCAGUUUGGUUGAAUCUUCGUCGUUCAACAACUAGGUGCGUUUCAGAAGUAAUCCAAACGAACAUCGACGUCUCGAUCAAUUACAAUGUCAUCGGCAACAACCAAUCCCACGAUCUCCCCGACAUCAAUGCCAAGGUGACAUCUCCAUAUGGACAAAUCAUCUAUAAAGAUGAAAAUGCAACUGAAGGCCGGUUUGAAUUCAGAACAACCGCUGUUGGGAAGUACUUGGUUUGUUUUUGGUUGUCUAACUAUCAUGAAGAGGGUGGAGCAAGCAUUAACCUUGAUUGGAAGAUCGGAAUUGCUGCAAGGGACUGGGAUUCUGUUGCAAGAAAAGAAAAGCUCAAGGGUGUUGAGCUAGAGCUGAAGAAACACGAAGCAAUAGUGGAGUCCAUUCAUGAAAAGAUGCUCCAUCUCAAAAGCAGGGAAGCGGAAAUGAGGAUGGUAAGUGAGAAAACCAAUGACAGAGUAGAAAUGUUCAGUAUCAUGUCCGUGGGGAUCUGCGUAGUGGUUUCAGUUUUGCAGCUUUGGUAUUUGAAACGCUACUUCCAAAAGAAGAGGAUUAUUAUGUAG